CUCUUUGGUACAAACAUAGUAGGUAAGUUUCAGCAAAAUGAUAAAAUUAUCUGCGUUAAACGACGAGUCGGACGACGACAGUGAUUCUGAAGAGGAAGUUUCACGAGAAGCUUUGGAGCAGAUUGCCUUACAGCAAUAUGCGAAAGCAUUAGAAUUACAGCGUAAAGGAAACUUACCUGACGCAACACAGCUUCUUAAAGAUUUGUUAGAUACAGAAUUAUUGUACGAAGUCAAAAAGCCUGAAAGAGGUGAAAAGGUGACUGGUCCCUUAUUCAAUUUAAAAUAUUUAUGUUACAAAAACCUAGCUUCGAUGUUAAGUGCAGGUGGCGAGUUAGAAGCAGCAAUAGAUGCCUACCUAACUGCAUCAAAUCUUGAUGACACUGAUAUAACACUUUGGCACCGUCUUGGUCUUUUGUGUAUGAGAGCCAAGAAAUAUGAACUUGCCCUGCAAGCCUUUCAAAAAGGUGUUGAUAGGAAUCCUCGCCAUUGGCCAUGCCUUGAUAAAUUAGUCCUACUAACUUUAGCUUUAGAUUUUAAAGAACAAUGCAUAGCUGUUAUUCAUGAAACACUCCAGCUUGAUCCUGGAUAUUUAAGAGGUCUAGCAUAUAGAAAAUAUAUUUAUAAAUUGUAUCCCCACAUGAAAGACUAUAUGGAAUACUUAAAUCCAAUAUAUAAAUGUAAUGAAGAUCUUGAAGAUCCAUUGAAUAACAAAAUGGCAGACAACUUGGUAAAGGAAGCUGAAGAAAUACAAGAAAUAUAUACACAGCAACAGAGAGAUGAGAAAUUUAAACAUAUUGUGCCAAAUUUAAUAUUAAACAAGCCAAUAACAAGAUUAUCGUGGGAAGCUCUUGGUGCUGCAUUGGUACACAUGCAUAAGUAUAUGACCGAACACUGUUAUAGCCAUGCAUGCUUUAUACAAUUAAUAAUGGAAAUAGAUGACUGUGUCAGUUCAACAAAUAAAAUGGAAGUGUGUGAAGAGGAACAAAUAAAUAAAAAUGCUCCAGAAGGUAUAGAGGAGGAAGUUGCAAUGGAUGUAGAUAAAUUGGUAGAAGAAGAAGAAAAAAAAAGUUCAGAAAAUGAAAAUAAUGAUUUAUCAGACAGAGAGAAAACAGUUACUGAUACAGAAAAAGUUGAAAGUGAUGUAGAAAAUAAAAACGAAUUGAUAAGUGAAAUUUCUGCUGAUCCUAAGACUCAAAAGAAGUCUGGUGUGCGAAGAAGGGGCAGUGACCUAAGCUUUCUGCAGCAAUGGGAAUGGUGCAAAAAUCGGAGAUCUGGAAGAAAAAAAGUAGCAAACAAACAAGAUGAUAAUAUUUAUGAUACACUUAGAAGAAUGGUCCCAAUUCCAUUAAUACCAGAAAUGAUAAAAAGAAAAGAAAACCAAACUAGGGAGACUUCACCAAAAUUAGAAAAAUUCUUUGAUGAGAAAGAAAAUACUAAGGUUAAUGAAAAUGAAGUUUAUUUUAAUUCUGAUUUAGAACAGAAUGAUGUCAAGUCAUUUAUAAAAAAAUAUAUUGAAAAUAAAAAGGAUAUCAUUGAUAUGUUAAAAGACUAUUUAAUGAUACUGUCCCUAAAGUGGAAGCAGAAGUGGCCCACAGGUUUGAUUAAAACAUUUAUUGCAGCUAAUGACUGUUAUUCCAAUCACAUUGAUAAUCCGGCAUGCACUAAUGACAACUUUGAGAAUCUCAUACACUAUACAUUAGUUAACUUACUUGUUGUAGAAUUUACAGUUAAUGAGGAACUAGACAGUAAAAAUACCCAGAACAUAACACAGCAUUUGUGUGCUAUAGAUACAAUAGAAGUAAUUCUUAGACUAAAACCACAAAUACUGGAGGGUAUGGAUUUGUUGGAAACAGUACUACGUCAGUUAUGGCAAAAAAUGCACAUCUUUCUUUUAAACAAAUCUUAUGAUAGCGCUUUGGAUUAUCUGUAUAAAUUGUAUUAUGAAUUUGAGGCUAUGGGUGAUCAGGCCAACAUAUUCUGUUUAGAAUUAGUUAAUUUUACAUUUAAACCUCUUGUGAACUUAAAUGAAGUAUUAGAAUAUAUAAAAUUUUUAGAGAGAAACAAAAUGCUAUCAACUGUGCAAGAUCUGUUUAAUAAGGAAUGCUAUGAGGAUGUUUUAACAGUAGUAAUUGACUCAUUUGAACAUUGUAAAAACUCGGCAAAGCAGCAAGAAGAGGAAAUGUGUUUGGAUUUUGCUGUACAGUUGUCCCUCAUAUUAGAUUCAUAUUGGGCAUUGGGGAAAGCCGAUGAAUGUUUUAAGUGGUCUUUUAUCUGCUUACAUGAGGCCCUCAAGCAUUAUUUUAGAUUCACCUCUGGUUCAGCAGAAUAUGAGAAAUGGUCACUCAUAGUUGUUAAAAUAUUAAAAUCUAUGGAACAUAUACUAUCAACACAAGGUUUCUCAUGCAUAGAUGUACUUAACGAAAAAGAUCUUAGUCAGGGUCUCGAAGAUCUUAUCAGAAUUAUUGGCCAUCAAGUUGAGACAAAUUCUACAGACAUGCCAGUUGACACGAUUGCACCAUGGAUUGUUAUGCAUUAUAUUUUACAAAGAGAAGAAGAUCAAGGUCGUGGGAGAUACAUAACAGAUAAAGACAAAGUACCUGAAGACGAAAUCCCUAAUCCAAUAAUGGUGCUUUUCAUUGCUCACGAACAUUUAGGAAAAAGAGGAUGGUGUGCACAUUCUGAUUCUAAACUAUUAUAUUUUAUUUUAGACACAAUAGUUCCAAGAAUUCGCUCUCCUGCUCUGUCUAAAAGUCUGGAACAAAUUAGUCAAUACAUGGAACAAUGUGUGUUUUGUCUUUAUGGUCAUCCAGAGAAGAAAAGUAAAGUUAAAUAUUUAUUAGAUCAUAAUGUGCCCCCUCGAACAUUAGAUUGGGAAAGAGCUCAACAGUUAUAUGAAAUCUUUAGACCACCAAUAUUACCAGCUUUAGAAGGUAAACUCUCAGGCAUUUCAAGUGACACUGAGGCACUAUUUCUUCGCAUAAUUACAUUACUGCCUAAUGAAUGUGACCCCCAGAAGUACAUUUCAGAUUUAGAAAAAUAUAUUAAAGGUGUUGAAAAUAAACUUCCACUAUUCCCCCCUCUAUUACCAUAUAAAAUGAAGGAUAUAUAUUUUUUGCUUGGUGACUACUAUUUUAAGAAAGAAGAUGGGAAAAUGGCGGUUAAGUACAAUAUGCUAGAUGUUAUUAUAAACAAUGACCGCUUGGAAUCUUGGGCGCAGAUAUCGCUAGCAAAGGCAAUUAAUUUGGAAAGAGUCUUGAAUUCUUGUAAGAAUAUACAUAGUGAAAGAGAAUUCUUAAACCCCGCGAAAUCUACUAUUAGAUGUUUCAAGAGAUCAUUAGAGUUAGAUCCCAGUCGUUGUAGCAUUUGGAUAGAAUUCGGUAAUUUUGCAUAUACUGUUCAUUCUUUUUGCUCAAGACUUUUAAAGCAAGCCAGUGAGUCAUUAAGCAUGGAAGACUUUGAAGAGCUUGAACAACAAAAAGAAAACUUAUUAGAAAUGACACAAAAAUGUUUCACAUCUGUUCUAGAAGAUCUCAAUAGCAGUACAGACAGCAGAGAUAAUGAAGAUCCAUGGCUAUUAUAUUAUAUGCUAGGAAAAUCCGCAGAAAAACGCAAUAAAUCCCCCUCUGUUUACUUAAACUAUUAUGUAAAAGGUGUCAAAAGUUUACAAGAAACAGAUGCUACAUAUCCCCUGAAAAUAAAUUACAGUUCACCAACCCAUUUGUGUAUUGAGGUAUUGGAGUUGCAUUACAGAAUACAUGCAUCAAUUCUUAAAUAUAUAGAGCAGCAUGAAAACAAACCCAUUCCUGCUUCAGUUGGGAAAGUGUUUUUAGCAUGUAUAGAAGAAUGGCAAAAAAGUCCUUUUAGUAAAAAAUCGAGAAAGGAAGGUGAGACAGACAAUGAAUGCAAGAGUGAAGAAACAUCUUUUCAAGCUGCUAACAUUCUUAAGCGAUCUAUUAGUGACGCUGGUGAAGAAGAUAAUGUCGAAGUUAAAAGGCUUAAAUUGGAAUCAGCUGCAGCUAAAGUUAGGCGUUCGGCCUCCUAUGACACUGAGCGCAAUAAAGACCCAGCACCACAAACUUCUUCUAAUGUUAAUGAAUUAAAAGAGACCAGUGACGCGACUGUCAAAUCUGAUACAACUGAAGACAAGACACUCAAUAAAGAGGAAAGUGAAACAGAGAAGCAAGUAUCAGGGAAACACUGUGAAACUGAAGAUAGUAGAAAGGGGGAAAGCUCUAGCUCUGAAUCAUCAUCGGACUCUAGUUCGAGUGAGUCAUCGUCCGAAAGCAGCAGUGACAGUAGUGACAAUUCAACUAAAUCUGUAGCUAAGAAUUUAAGUGAUAAUCAAAUCAUGGAAAUAGUGUCAGAUUGUCUCGAUGCAUUAGAAGACUGCGCGUGUCGCUUUCCGCCCCAUUAUAAGGCUAUCUAUAGGCUUGCGCAUUAUCACUUUUACUAUAGCAAGGGAAAAGAUAUAGAAAGAUGUCGGGACUUAAUGCUUUCCUCUUUUACAUCUAGAUCUGGCCAAAAACUAGGUGGUCUCUUCAGUGAAAGAAAACAAAGUAAUUUCUUUAAUAACAUUUGGAAAAUUCCUAUCAGCGAAGUUGACAGAGCUGGUAGCUUUGCAUUUCAUAUGAAUCGGUCAGUUUUACUUACAAUGGAGAUAUUAAAAGAAAUAGACGACCACAAAACAUUAUUAGAUUUGAGUCUACAUUUGCAGAGAAUACCAGAUUCUGAUAAGAAGUACCUUAGAGAUUCAGAUAGGGAGGAUCUAGCACAGCAAGCCUUCUCAUUGAGUGUGCAGUCUCUCAAGGGGCAACUACUCAAAUUCAGUCAACAAUCUGACUUGAAAAGUAAUGUUGUUGAACGAGAUGCUCUAAAGAGCCUCAUGAUAGAUAUUUAUCGUGCUUACCAGAGAGUACAAAAACAACCCAACCAUAAGCAAUUCACGAAUUUACUUGUAGAUGCUUAUAAAUUGAUGACAAAUAAGCCAAUAAACGAGAAUAUGAAUUUGGUCGAUUUGAGUAUGAAAUAUUGUCAAUCGCGCUUGCAGAAAUUGAAGCAGCAAGCGACCCAAGCCAGUUUUGAUAAAAUCCAGCAGUUGCAAAAGAAGCGAGAAAAAGAAAGCGCUAAAGCUGAGAGUGUAAAGAGUACGGUAGCGUCAGCCCCGCCGCCGGUAACGUCAGCGCAAAGCAACAAAACGGAGGCUAAACAGCAACCAUCCUUGUCCACGUUGCCAAAGAUGUCUUCUCACGAUAUCGCUGCUGCUUUUCAGAGCUAUGUGCCAUUGUUGAACGAAUCUGUAAUGUCCCAGCAAACUGCUGCAGCACUGUCCUAUUUGACAAAUAUGAGUGCUUACGCCGGAUAUCCUUCUUUACAAAGUUCCCUUCAAACGUCGCUUCAAAAUACAUUCCAAGCAGAAUUUUAUAGACAGUUUCUAGGGCCGAAUAUUUCCUCAUACAAUUUGCCGGCAAAAAAAUCAAAACGAGGACCCAAACCUGGCUCCACUCGGAACACAACUCUGAAAAAACACAAAUCAUUUUCUGGUCUUUUACCAAAAAAGGCUGCGCCGACACCCGUAAUAACCAGUUUGCAAAAAUCUUCUUCAGCUUUAGCGCCCAGCAUGGGAACAAUUCUGACAACAUUGCCGGCUUCAAUGUCCAUGAACUUACCUUCGUACGCCCAGACCAAUAUCAAGUCGGUGCCUCAAGCACACAUGUCUACCGCGACUACAGUGAGCGCAGCCAUUCACACUAAACCUCCGCUUCCGCAUCAACAAGUGAGUCCCGGGAAGACUCUACAAGAAAAACUGGCUGAGAGACAGAAACACAUGCCAUCUGUGUCCAAAAGCACAGUUGAUAUUAAUGCAUCAAUCAGUCGGCUGCCUUCCUCCCUCACAAUAACUAAGUCAUCAGUACCCAAGUCUGCUGGGCAAGUGAAGAAGACUGAAGUAAAGAAGUCGCUUGCUUUUGAUACUGAGAAGUGUCCCAGACCUAUAACAUCAGAUGAAAUAAUUGUUCUAGAUGAUGAUGAUUAGAUGUUAGAAUAUUUAUGAAUUAAAAGCUUUUUGUGAUAGA